AUGAGUGUUACCACUGAGUUUCAAGCAUCCCACUCUCGAGCCUCCCAAUCCGGCCGGCCCUCGGGCCCCUUUAACCAGGCGGCGGAAGGGGCGGCCGGGGGAUGUGGCGGCGCCCAAUGGGCUGAGCGGAGCGUCACUUCCCGGCGGCGGGAGGCGAGUGGCGAGUGUCUGGCCGGCUGGCGGGGGCGGGGCGGCCGUGGAGGCGUUGGCAGCGGGCUCGGACCCACGCGGCGCUGCGGCCCGCCUGGCCUGCGACGCUCCCACCGGCUCGGCGGCACGAUGCCCUUUGACUUCAGGAGGUUUGACAUCUACAGGAAGGUGCCCAAGGACCUCACACAGCCAACAUAUACUGGUGCCAUUAUCUCCAUCUGCUGCUGCCUCUUCAUCCUCUUCCUCUUCCUGUCAGAGCUCACCGGAUUCAUCACGACAGAAGUGGUGAAUGAGCUCUACGUCGAUGACCCAGACAAGGACAGCGGAGGCAAAAUUGACGUCAGUCUCAACAUCAGUUUACCCAAUUUGCACUGUGAAUUGGUCGGGCUUGACAUCCAAGAUGAGAUGGGCAGACAUGAAGUGGGCCACAUAGACAACUCCAUGAAGAUCCCGCUGAACAAUGGAGUUGGCUGCCGCUUUGAGGGCCAGUUCAGCAUCAACAAGGUCCCCGGCAACUUCCAUGUGUCCACGCACAGUGCCACAGCCCAGCCACAAAACCCGGACAUGACACAUAUCAUCCAUAAGCUCUCCUUUGGGGAUACUCUACAGGUCCAGAAUGUUCACGGGGCUUUCAAUGCUCUCGGGGGAGCAGACAGACUCACCUCCAACCCCCUGGCCUCCCAUGACUACAUCUUGAAGAUUGUGCCCACAGUGUAUGAGGACAAGAGUGGCAAGCAGCGCUACUCCUACCAGUACACAGUGGCCAACAAGGAGUACGUUGCCUACAGUCACACGGGCCGCAUCAUCCCUGCCAUCUGGUUCCGCUAUGACCUCAGCCCCAUCACAGUCAAGUACACAGAGAGAAGGCAACCGCUGUACAGGUUCAUCACCACAAUCUGUGCCAUCAUCGGUGGGACCUUCACUGUCGCUGGCAUUCUGGACUCCUGCAUCUUCACAGCCUCAGAAGCGUGGAAGAAGAUCCAGCUGGGCAAAAUUCAUUGACAUCCUGCCCAGCCCAGUGACCGAGGACCAGGAGCCCUGCCAGCCCUGCCUCUGGCCCAGCCCAGUGUGUGUGGGACAAGGGUGAUGGUAAUGGGUGGCACCAGGUUCCACAGCUACCUCUCUCCCCGUGUUUUAGAUAAAUUAGCACUGCCUGAAGUCAUGUGUCCCUUUCCCUGAAGAGCCCCAACACCAGGGUCAGGCAUGGGGAGGUACUCCAGGGAUGCUGGUGACCUCUCCUGGGAAGACUGUAGUAGACUGUUAGGGAGUAACCUAGAGUCCAAACAGACAAGAUUUCACACAGGCUUUGACAAUCUUUAAGCCCCCAUCAUUUGGACACGCUAAUAGCUUGAUUGGUCAUCCCCCACCCCACCCCCCACCUCCACCCCCGGCAGCAAACCUGCGCUCUCAGCCUUGGGACCACACUGCCCGAAGGUACUGCUGCUUGGCGCUUUCAACAUGGAAAGGUACUUGGCAGGGACACAUAGAUGUGGCACUGUAGUUGGAACUUGCUGCUGCCUCAUUGCUUCAUGCCCAACCUAGAGCCUGGGUCUUAUGUCCUACCCCAACCCUGGCCUCAUUCUCCGGAGCAGAUGCCCGAUUGCUUGACAGAAUGGUGAAGACUCAGAUUGGCCCACCAGUCCCGAGGCAGCUCACCGGUGCCCCUUCCUCUCUUGUCUUUGCUCUUCUGAAUCCCCACCAAUGUGCCUCAGCUGCUGUGCUAUGUGGCAAUAGCAUUUCUUGGUGAAGGGGCUGGUUCCCAUUGCAAAGCCUCCCCGACCCCCUACAGUUACCUUCUGUGGUGCCAAGUGAUAGGCCAUGUGACUGGAAGGUCAUCCUUGGAAGACCACAUUGUACACUUCUGUCUGAACCAGAAGCGUCCUUCCCUGAGAGCCACAGAUGAUCAUGUCUUGGCAUCCACCUUGGUCCUAAGGCCUUGGCUGGGGAAAUGAAGCAAAACAGCUUCCCUUCGCACCUCUACCUUGCAGGCUCCCAAAGUGCCCAGCAUCUAGGGCCCACUUGCUAUUGAGAUCUUCUACUAGCUGAGCACACGCCAACUCAUUCUUAGCCCCAGGGGGCUCCAGUGUCUCCCCCACUUCCUCCUGAGGUAGAUCCCUUUCCCGUUCCCCCUUAUCCUUCCCUUUUUUUCCUAAGGGGAGGGGCAGUAGUCCAGGCAUGAAUUCCAUGCAGAGAAUUUUAGCUGUGCUCUCAUGUCCGGAGAGAGAGAGCCGCAGGCCUGGGCUUCAUUUAUAUCGAGAUUGUUUGCAUACUUUUGUAAUGAAGGGGAGUCUCCCAUAGGAAGGUUUGGGGUUUUUUUGUUUUUGUUUGGUUUUGUUUUUGUUUUUCUUAAAUAAUCUCUUAUGGGUAGCUGGAUUCUCUGCCAUUUGUAAUUUUUGCCUCUGAUUCCAAUUAGCAAAAUUUCCCUUUUUGUAUGAGUUGACUCUUAUUGUGUAUGUAAACUGCCCCUGAGUUAUUUCUGGUAUCUGACCACUUGGCUGGAUUUAUCUUCUUUUAAACAUUCUGUUUUACAGUUUGAGAGACCAGUCCCUUUGGUGUGUGAAUCUGUCACCUGUGGUGGGUGGGGCAGGGUGGGAUGGGGCAGGAACUAUGUGGCAUGCAUAUGAGCUGAAAUCCCACUUUUGUGAGGACAUAGGGGGUGCCAGUUACCCAUGGAAGAGACACCUCUGGCCUGUUCUUGUAAAGGUAUUCUCAAGGGGACAUAGGUUUUGCUUCUCUCCCACCCACUGGGUUCAAUUAGAUAUUAAAAAGCUGCUUUUCAGAAA